AUGGCGCCCUCAAAUGCUGCAGAGGCCCUCUCAGAGGAUUCGCACAGUUCCUCCGAAGUGUCCGAUGUGGAACAACCCGAAAUCCAAGACCGCGCGCCCAAGCGACGGCGUCUAUCCGAGUCCUCGGACGACUCAUAUACAGCCCCAGCGCCUCUCCCCACCCUCUCGCGCAUUAAGAAAAAGGACACAAACCCCAAGAAACCCGAGCCAACAGAAGACGAAGACCCAGUGACUAUUCGCGACGCUCUUGAAAUUGGUCUCCGCAGCGAAGAGUCGACCUUUUCCUCUCUGGACGUCGCGCCGUGGCUGGUCGGGUCGUUAACCACCAUGGCCAUCCGCCGGCCGACAGCUAUUCAAAAGGCGUGUAUUCCGGAGAUUCUGAAGGGGAGGGAUUGUAUCGGUGGUAGUCGGACUGGUUCCGGAAAGACGAUUGCUUUUGGAGUACCGAUUCUGCAGAAGUGGGCGAAGGAUCCGUUUGGAAUUUUUGCAGUUGUCUUGACGCCAACUCGUGAGCUUGCGCUCCAGAUUUUUGAGCAGUUCAAGGCAAUUUCCGCCCCGCAAGGUAUGAAGCCUGUUCUGAUUACUGGUGGCACGGACAUGCGGCCGCAGGCAAUUGCGCUGUCGCAACGACCGCACGUGGUCAUUGCGACCCCGGGUCGGCUGGCGGACCAUAUCAAGACAUCUGGUCAAGACACGGUAGCUGGGUUAGGCCGAGUGAAGAUGGUGGUGCUGGACGAAGCAGAUCGAUUGCUGGUCAGUGGGCCGGGGAGCAUGCUGCCCGACGUGGAAACAUGCUUGGGAGCACUACCGCCGUCUGCAGAGCGACAAACACUGCUCUUCACUGCAACGGUUACGGCAGAAGUGCGCGCCCUGAAGGAAAUGCCUCGACCGGCCAACAAGCCGCCCAUCUUCGUGACCGAGAUCGCAACCGAUAACCACGGCAGCAUCCCACCAACCCUGAAACAAACCUACCUCAAAGUUCCCAUGACGCACCGCGAAGCCUUUCUGCAUGUUCUGCUCUCGACAGAUGAGAACAUCUCCCGACCCGUAAUCAUCUUCACAAACCACACCAAAACCGCCGAUGUACUGGAGCGCACGCUCCGCCGCCUUGGCCACCGCGUCACCUCUCUACACAGUCUCCUUCCACAGUCCGAACGCACAUCAAACCUGGCGCGUUUCCGUGCCGCCGCCGCCCGCGUCCUCGUCGCCACGGACGUCGCCUCCCGCGGUCUCGAUAUUCCCUCUGUGACCCUUGUCGUCAACUUCGAUGUGCCCCGCAACCCAGACGACUACGUCCACCGUGUUGGUCGUACGGCCCGUGCGGGACGGUCCGGUGAAGCAGUUACACUGGUUGGACAGCGCGACGUCCAGCUCGUGCUGGCCAUUGAGCAGCGAGUUGGCCGCCAGAUGGACGAGUGGGCUCAGGAGGGCGUCAAUGUUGAAAGCAGAGUCGUUCGCACCGGGGUGCUGAAGGAGGUUGGCUCGGCAAAGCGUGAGGCAGCGGGUGAGAUUGAGGAAGGCCGCGAUGUACUUGGGCGGAAGCGGAAUAAGCUGAAGAAGGUCCGCUGA